GGGUUUAUAUAAACAACAAACUGAAAAUAUAUUCUUCUAGGGUUUAAGACAAUGGCGUUUUGGGGAGUUGAAUUGAAGCCCGGUAAACCAUACCUUCAUCAGUAUGAUGAUGAAAGAGGAAGACUUCAUCUGUCACAGGCAACUCUAGGUAGCGGUAAAUCAAAAGAGAAGGCUGUCGUCGUUUGUAACGUCGGUGACAAGAAUCCGAUUUACUUAUGCUCAUUACUUCCAAGGAAAAUGGAAACAUGCUCAUUGAAUAUUGAGUUUGAAGAAUACGAUGAAGUAACAUUCUCAGUCGAGGGCUCACACAACAUUCAUCUUUCCGGAUUCUUCUACGGAGAAAAGCCAGAUUCAGAUGGUGAUGACUAUGAGUCUGAUUCCGAUGAAGAUGGUAGCUUUGAGGGAGCGGAGAUCGGCUCUGAAGAUGAUAGCGAGUUUGACUUUGAUGACGCAGAUGAUUUAGAUGAUCUCACUGAUGAUGAAAUGGUACCCAAUAGUGGAGUAAAAAUUGAAGAGAUUGUUGAAGACGAGAAACAAAAUGCAAACGCUGUUUCUGAACAAUCAAAGAAGAGGAAUAAAUCCGCUUCCAAAAGUGAUGAAAAAUCUUCACAGCAAACUGUUUUAAAAAAUUCUAGUAGUGUUCCAGUAUUGGAGAGCGAAGAUGAAGAUGGGUUUCCGAUAUCUUCUUCUGCUAAGGGCAAAGAUAGUGUUUCAAGUGGAACUAAAAAUACAGAAGGAUCUGCUAAAAAGAUAGCCAAGAAACCUUCCGAAAAAUCAGCAAAGCGAAAAAGAGAUGAUUCUGUUGUAGAUGAUGAUGAUCUGACGAGUAAGCCAACAAGUGUUGAAGCUUCAACACCAGAAGUGAAUGUCAAGAAAGAAAAGAAGAAGAACAAGAAAGCAAAAGAUACACCGGAAGGUGCAAACAAUAACACGAAUGGAGUUAAGGAGGAAGCCAAUCAAGAGCAGACCCCUGAAAAGGCUGCAUCAGUGGCGAAAGACAAGAAGAACAAAAAACAGGAGAGCACACCAGGUUCAAAAGUAACGGGAUCGGCUUCUGCUGAAGCUAAACCGACCCAAGUUAGAACUUUUCCAAAUGGAUUAGUAAUCGAGGAACUUCAAAUGGGUAAACCCAAUGGAAAACGGGCAACUCCGGGCAAAAAGGUGAGUAUGCGUUACAUCGGGAAGCUGAAGAAGAAUGGAAAAAUAUUCGACUCAAAUAUUGGGAAUGCACCUUUCAAAUUUCGUCUAGGCGUCGGGCAAGUUAUAGCAGGAUGGGAUGUUGGUGUUAAAGGCAUGCGUGUUGGGGACAAAAGAAGACUAACAAUUCCUCCGGUCAUGGGGUAUGGUGCUAAAGGUGCUGGUCCAGACAUACCCCCAAAUUCAUGGUUGGUUUUUGAUGUUGAACUGGUGGAUGUGAAUUAGUUGAAGACAAGAAUUGUUUGGUUGGAUGUCUUGUUUUUGUCAAUCAAUGCCAAAUUUUGGAAAGACCGAAUGUCUUAAAAUUUUGAAACAUUGUUAAAUUUGGUUUUUGUUCCCAAUGUUUUAAAAUCCGGUUUUUAUA